UAUCCCACAGUGCACCGCGGUUUCAUUACCCGGAUGUUAGCACACAUGGGCUGCCGACCAGUGGCUGUUUACAAUCUUCAUUUUCAAACUAAACUCAGUUUAAUUUGAACUAGAAGGUUAUCCGACUUAUUAUGAAAGUGAAAGUUCUCUCGAGGAAUCCGGACGACUACGUCCGGGAAACCAAACUCGAUAUUCAGCGCGUCCCCAGAAACUAUGACCCAACACUUCACCCAUUUGAGGUGUGCAGAGAAUACACCCGGGCCCUUAAUGCCACCAAGCUGGAUAGGGUGUUUGCAAAACCUUUUCUGGCAUCGUUGGAUGGACACAGAGAUGGGGUGAACUGCAUGGCCAAGCACACCAGGAGCCUUUCCAUGCUGCUGUCUGGCUCAUGCGAUGGAGAGGUUAAAGUGUGGAAUCUUGCCAAACGUGAAUGCAUCCGCACACUACAAGCCCAUGAAGGUUUUGUCCGGGGAAUUGUUGUACGCUUUUGUGGGACUUCCUUCUUCACGGUCGGUGAUGACAAAACAGUCAAACAAUGGAAAAUGGACACCCCGGGUUAUGGCGAAACAGAGGAGCCAAUUAACACAAUAUUGGGCAAGACAGUCUUUACUGGGCUUGACCAUCACCAGAUGGAAGGUGUGUUUGCAACCUGUGGCCAGCAGGUGGACAUCUGGGAUGAGCAAAGAAGCAGCCCCAUCCGUUCUUUCUCCUGGGGAGUAGACAGCUUCAGCGCUGUCCGUUUCAACCCUGUGGAGACUCAUCUUCUUGCAAGUUGUUCUUCAGACAGAAGCAUUGUGCUCUAUGACAUGAGAGAAGCAGCACCCCUUAAAAAGGUCAUCAUGACAAUGAGGAGCAACACAUUAUGCUGGAACCCUAUGGAGGCGUAUAACUUCACUUGUUGUAAUGAAGACUAUAAUCUUUACACAUAUGACAUGAGAUUCUUACACCAGCCGACCACAGUGCACAUAGACCACGUGUCUGCAGUGCUAGAUGUCGACUAUUCCCCCACUGGCAGAGAGUUUGUGUCUGCCAGUUUUGACAAGAGCAUCCGCAUCUUCCCCAAGGACAGAGGACAUAGUAGAGAGGUGUACCACACCAAACGUAUGCAGCAUGUCAUCUGCAUAAAGUGGUCAGCAGAUAACCGCUACAUUUUGAGCGGGUCGGAUGAAAUGAAUAUCCGACUGUGGAAAGCAAAUGCAUCUGAGAAAUUGGGAGUGCUGCCCCCCCGGGAGGAGGCGGCCACCAACUACCGGCAAAAGCUGACAGAGAAGUACAAGGAGUUCCCGCAGAUCAGACGUAUCGCUCGUCACCGACAUCUCCCCAAGCCCCUCUUCCACGAGUCUAAGGAGCUGAGGAUAAUGAAGGAGGCUCGCCGCAAAAAGGAGCGGAAUGUCCGGAUGCACAGCAAACCAGGAAGUGUACCUGUGCUGUCUGAGAAGGAGAAACAUGUUGUGGCUGUGGUCCAGUGAAACAAAAUAUGCAAACUGUGUAGGUGCAUCACACGUACACAAUGUGUGAUCAGACAACUAUCAAUUCACUUUAGUGGACACUUUUUGUUGUUGUUGAACAAGUCAAACAUUCAUAUUCUGCUUCAAAAAAGUAUUUUUACAAACUGUCCAUUUUUAAGGUGAACGUCUUCCCUAUCAGGGUACUGUUGAAAUAUGACUUUAAUAAAUGGAUGCUAUUUCAAACCUACAAAGAUGAAUAUGUAUGAUAGAGACCUCCUAGCAAAAUUAAAGAAAAUGCUAAAUUCCACAUAGUUUCAUAGAUGUUUAAAUGUCAACUGCUGUUAAGAUCUCAGUGAAUAAGUCUUUAAUUGAAUAAGAUGAUUUGUGAUAGGCUCCAAAUGUAAUUUAGCUGUGUUUAAUUUAAACCCUCCAGCUGCGUGUUGUUGGAUACGGUGCUAAUUUACUUAUGAGUCUUUAUGAGCUAUAUCCUCUAUCUUCUUAAUGUAGUCCUUUAAAUCCUCUCAACACUUACCUGAGCCAGCUUAAGACUUGCAUACAGGUAUCAUGAUUCUUGUUUAGUCAAUGUAUCAACGUCAUUUUAAAUACAGCAUCGAUUGAAUACAAUUUGAUUACCUGUAACCAUAUUUUGGAAGCAAAUGUUAAAAUUACAAUACUCACAAAAAGGUUGGUUUGGAAAGAUACAUAUGUUUGUGUGUGAGCCAUGAAUUGAUCAAUACAUUCAUGAGUUGAACUAAAUUUGGUAAUUCAAAAAUCAAUUUAAAAACCAUGCUGUAAUAUUCUGACUUAAUGACCCUUAAAGACGACACCCAACACCUGAUCAACAGUACCUCACCAUAGAAAGACUUGUAACAGAAUGCUCUGUGGCAAGUGGCCACUGAGCUUCAAGUGUAACAGUGUUAUGUCAAAUAGAUUUUAAAUUUAAAGAAAAAAUACUAAGAAUCCACAGGAAAAAAAGUUAAUUGUCAAUUCUACUAAUACAGUAGUAUUUCAAUUUACGAACUUAAUUGGUUCUUUGACGCAGCUCUUAACUCAAAACACUCGUAUCUCAAAUUGACUCCCAAAAGCACAAUUUUAACAUGUGACAUGCCUUUUAAAAAGAAAUUGUAAAUUAGAAAUACAGUAUUUUUAAAAAAGCAAUACAAUAUGAUAUACUACAAACAACGACAGUAUCAAGUAUGGUAAUGUAAUAAUAAUGUACAACAUUUACCUUGGAGAGUGAACUUCUACGAUAUCUCCUCCACCCGCCUGUCCAUCAAACAUUAGGAGCUCUUUGAUAUGUUCACUGAAAAUUGUCUGCCAUUUGGAUAUCAAAGUGCUGCGCUCGAAUUGUUUCAUCAAGUUGCCGACACUCUUGUCAUGUUUUUGACAGUUCCUUUCUCAAUAAAUAUCACCCACUUCUUCUCA